CGGCCCCGCCAACCCCGCACUGCCUCCCGGGUCACGUGAUGUUUGGGUGCCGGCGGCACGGGGCGGCCUCACGGCGGCAGAGACAAUACUGCUGAGACAGCCCUUGAGUCCCCUGGGCUAUUGCUGCCUGUUGCCAAACAAGUGGCUCCACACACUUGGGAAUAAAGUUGUGGGUUUGAAGUAUAAUCUCGCAUCCAUUUCUACCUAGAAAAUGUCCUAUGGAUCCAUUGAUGGGAGUGGAUUUGGGAGCAGGAAUCCAUUUGGGGGCCCUGCAAGACAAGGCUAUCAACCUCUUGCCACCCAGAUUGAUCCCAGUGAACUCCAGGAGCUUUUUCAGGAGACUUCAGCCAAUGUCUUCCGAAUUAACUCCAAUGUGACCUCUCUGGAAAGAAGCCUUCGUUCUCUGGGCACCUCAAAUGAUACUCAAGAGCUACAGGAUGGCCUGCAUGCAACCCAGCAGGAGACUAAUAAAACCAUCACGACCAGCACCAAAGCCAUCAAGCAGCUGUCUGAGGUUGUCAGAGGCUCAUCCAGGCAAGAGAGACUUCAGCUGGACAGGCUGAAGAACCAGUUCUCAGAUGCCAUCCAGAGAUACGGAGCUGUGCAGAAGAAAAUAGCAGAGAAAUCCAAAUCAUUGCUUCCUACUGGGCAGAGAAGUAUCAAACAGCAGGGCCCAAGGACCCCCUUUUCUGACCUAGCUGAUGAUGAGAAGAUCUUUAAUGGAGGAGAUGGAGCAUGGCAGAACCAGAGCCAGGAUCAAGCCUUGCUCUCAGAAAUCACAGAAGAGGAUCUGGAAGCCAUUCGUCAGCGGGAAGAGGCCAUCCAGCAGAUUGAGAGUGACAUGUUGGAUGUGAACCAGAUCAUCAAAGACCUGGCCUCCAUGGUGCAUGAGCAAGGAGACACAAUAGACAGCAUCGAAGCCAACAUCGAGACUGCAUCUUGCAAUGUAGACUCAGCCAAUGAGCAGCUGGCAAAAGCCAGUCAGCACCAACUCAGAGCCAGGAAGAUGAAGUGUUGCCUUCUCUCUGUUGCCUUGGCCGUUCUGGUGUUCGUUGUCAUCAUCAUUGCAGUCUCUGUCAAGCACUGAUCUGGCUACAGUUUCCACAGAACCUGUGAUCACCUUGUGAAGAAGAAUGGAUCCUCGAGGCAUUUCACAUCCAGGACCCACAUCAAUGUCUGCUUUACUGAUCAAGCUGCUGUAACCAACAAACACCAUCUGUACAAAAGAAAAGUUAAGUUUUAUAUUGUGUGUUAGUACAACUGUGAAUCAUUUUUCCUUUGUUUCUUUUCCCCCAUUGUUGCAGCCAUGUUUUAUCUUAUGUUAGAGGUUUUAAUGAUAUUCCCUGUGUAUCUGGGGAAUGCUGUUUCUUUUCCUCCAGAUUUGGUAUGCAGUGUGCUGUAAGGUUAUUAAUUCAUCUUCAUUGUGCUUUUAACAUGCUUCUGAUCUCAAGUUCUGGUAAUUUAAAACCAUGAAAGUCAACGUGUUUUGUUUGAAUCUUUUUUAUCGUUGUUUUUUGUACCUUUCAAAAAUAAUCUAGCUCAGACUCUCAUGUUGUGCACUGCUGCUGUAAAAUUUGCUCUGCCAGAUCUGAGCGAAGCAAUUCACUUCACACGUGCAUUUACAACCACAUUAAUUAGAUGUUUAUUUGAUCCCAUUGUAGGUACAGAAGAUCACAUUUAUUUAUGAGAAACACUGAUGUAAGAGCAGGACAAAUAAAUCUUAACACAUAUUAUAAUUUUUUUAAAAAUGAGAAGAGCUUCAAUCUGUGAAAAAAAAAAUUCAUCUCAUGAAAAAUGUCAAAUUUUGCAUUUGAUUUCAUUUCACAUCUUUUAUGAAAGCAGCAUUUGGGAUUUUGUUCCAUUUCCCCUCACAAUAUUUUCUGCUGAAAACAUGAUUGAAAAUGCCAUUUAAAUUCAUCUUAAAUGUGUUGUGCUCUACAAAUGCAAUU